CCCAUCAUCUCUUCACUGGUCUUUCAAUCAAGAGCUGUGAAGAAUGGCCACUACAAAUCAAACACUCAUCUUUCUUGCAUUCUUCACAAUAACUUCAUCUCUUUGCUUUGCUUUUGAUCCAAGUCCUCUCCAAGACUUUUGUGUUGCUGAUCUCAAUUCUCAAGUGUUCGUGAAUGGGUUUGUGUGCAAAAACCCUACAACAGUCACAGCUGAGGAUUUCUUUCUCUCUGGCUUCGACAAACCUGGUAACACAAUGAAUCUUCUUGGCUCUAAUGUAACUCCGGCAACAAUAGGCCAAAUGCCAGGAUUGAACACUCUUGGUAUCUCCUUCGUUCGCAUAGACUAUGCUCCGGGAGGAAUUAACCCUCCUCAUACUCAUCCUCGAGCUUCCGAAAUCCUUGUUGUCGUCGAAGGCACUCUCUACGUCGGUUUUGUUACUUCAAAUCUUGUCACUUCUAAUCCCAACAAUACAUUUUACUCGAAGGUUUUACAUCCCGGCGAUGUUUUCGUUUUUCCUCAAGGUCUUGUACACUUUCAGUUCAAUUAUGGGCAUUCAAAUGCAGUUGCAUUUGCAGCGCUGAACAGUCAAAACCCUGGAGUGGCUAUAAUUGCUAAUAAUGCGUUUGGACCAAAACCUCCCAUUUCUGAUAUUGUUCUUGCCAAGGCAUUCCAGUUGAGCAAGGAAGCAGUUGACAUACUUCAAGCUAGACCUUGGCCUACCAAUUAAUUAUUACCACCAUAUUUCUCAACUUCAUCGACUAUAUAUCUAUAUAUAUAUACUUGUUUAUGUUUGUUUUGCAAAUGGGCAGACAUGUUGCUUUUGUGUGAGCAUGCAUGUUUGCUAGUUGUGCUUUAUGUGUGUGUGUGUGUGUGUGUGCACUCAUUAAGUUUGUUUUGUUAACAGAACAUGCACGCAUGUUUGCUAUUAGUUGUUGUAUGAGAGAUCAGUUGAUUUAAAUGAAUUUUUCAUCCUUUUUCUUUCUUA